AUGAUGCGUCGCGAAAGUGCAGCUGGCUGGCUGCUUCUGGCCGCCCUGGGCUGGCAGCUGACUGGAUUUGUGCCAGGACCCACGACUCCUUCGCCCAACCCGUCGCCUUCGCCGCGCCGCGCCGUGGCCACCGCCGAGGUCUCCGCGGCGCCGGCGAUGGCGACGACGACCCCGUGGCGCGGCGUGCUGCGGCGGCUGCUGCUGGCACGACGGCAGGGGGCGAGGGAGGCGGCCUUUAAGGAACUGGCGGAAAUUUAUGAUGAAGUCAGUAGCGAGAUGUUUGCGGAGGUGGAGAAGUACGCGUUGAUGCUGGAGGAGAAACCACCGUUGCAGCUGCUUCGUUUGCGUCCCUUUCUGGGCUACCGCUCGGCCUGUGCCAGCCUCUACCGCACCGUGAGGGAUCAUAUUCUGCCGCAACAAGCAGAAAGCCCUGUGGUGGUGUUGAAGCAAAGCAGGGAGGGCGAGCAGCGCUUACGAUACGUGCUACAGAGCGACGCCAUGGACGCCGACGCCCGCAGCGCCGCCGGCGACGGCGCGGGACCCGAGGUCUCGGCGGCCUCCAAGGCGCGGGCGCUCUACGUGGCGCUGCGACAGCUGGUGGCGAACGAUGUUUGGAGUGUGGAGAGGUCCGCCAACUCAAUGGACAACGACUGGGACGCGCGGACGCCGAAGCUGGAGACGCCCAAAUACCAGGUCUUGUCUCGCGAUGCACUCUCUGGAGUCGAGGUGCGAGAAUAUGCACCUUACGCAGUGGUUCAGACUCAACAAGGUCCUGAGGUGGCCAACAAUCGGUCCUUCUUCAUGCUAGCAGACUACAUCUUUGGGAAGAAGAACGUGCGCAGUGAGAAGAUGGCCAUGACCACACCAGUGCAGAUGGAUCGGGGCAGUGGAGCCAUGUCGUUCAUCAUGCCCAGCAAGUACUGGAGCUCCCUGGAGGACGCCCCGUUGCCCGCGGCGAACGCUGGGGUCUCGCUGGAGGAACGUCCGCGGGAGACGCUGGCGGUGUCCAUCUUCGGGGGCUAUGCCCUGGGGCCAACCGUGGCCAAGAAGACUGAGGAGCUGAUUGAUUUCCUUCAGAAGAGCGACCGCUGGGAAAUGGUGACGAACUCCACCAGGCUCAUGCAGCGCCUUGAACUGUGGCUAGUGAAGGGUGCGCUAAAAGGCGAAGCUUCGGAAACGCUGUACAACGAUCCCUUCACGGUGCCAUGGAAGCGACGCAACGAGGUCAGCAUCCCGGUGAGGGCCAAAGCCUGA